ACGCAAAUAAAGAUUUCCGUCUCUCUUUUCGCUGGCCCAUUUCCCCCACAACAAACGCCUUAUCCAAGGUUCCUUCACUUUCAGCAGAAUGCCCAUUGUAGCAAACGCACAUCCAGACAGGAAAAUCGCCGAGGGUCAACACUCUGACAUUCACCAUCCCCCUCCUCAGGAUCAUACCGAGGAUCCCCAAGCCUCCAAAGACAUACCUGAAACGGGAUGGACCGGUGAAAUCCCAAGUAAAAAUGGCGGGGACUACGAAAAGAACUGGAUGCAUCAGCCCCCGUAUCAGUGGAAGUCCGAGGGAGACAAAUUCAAAACAAAUUAUAUCAGCGAAUGCUGGUGUGGGAAUGUGUCCUUCGAAUUCCACGGAGAACCGGUCGAUGCGAAGCACUGUCACUGCCAUCAAUGUCAACGCCUCCACGGUGCACCAUUUCAAUGGGCUGUAAUUUUUCCCAAGACCUCUGUCAGGCUCUUAAGGAAUCAAGAAGAUAGUCUUCAUUGCUUUAGUACGCAGACCCGGAAUGCCACCCAUCAUGUCCCAUGCAAGGUGUCUUGUAAUGUCUGUAGAUCGCCCAUAUUCGAUGAAGGAAGGAACACUGUUUUAGCGUAUCCCAGUAGCUUUCGUUUCCCCGAUCAGCACAUUCCUUUGCAUUUCCAGCCAAGCUGCCACAUCUUCUAUAAACAGAGGUGAGCUAUAGUGCAUGGGGUCGGUAAUGGAACACUCAUGUCGAUUUGUUGCAGAGUGAUGGAGGUCCCAGAUGGAGUGUAAGUUCCGCGUC